AUGGUGACCCCGGCCCCUCCCCCAGCCGCGGGACUGCCAAGAAGUGAGAGAGUGCAGCACCGGGGGCCGAGGAGAGAGAGCGAGAAGAGCCGGUCCGAGAUUUGCCGGGGCCGGGCGCGGGGGGCGGGGGGGGUUGAUGUCGGUGCCACGAGCGGACGGAAACCGGGAGGAAGGCGCGGCGGCAGAGUGGAAGCGCGAGCCCAGAACUUAACUUCACAGGUCCAUCAACAUCUAGGCUCCUCCGGGUCCGCUGCACGGACGGGACGGCAGGCCAGAGUCACCGGGCCCCGGCAGCGCCGGCGUCGCGCUCCUGCUGACACGGCCCGUGAAACGAAGGACGGACGGACGCCGCGGACCGUUCACUCUCCCGGGCUGCGCGACCAGAGUACUCGGGAAGCCCGAGUGGAACGAGUCGCUCGCUUCGCCUCGACCUCCGCUCGGGGCCCAAAGCCGGGCCGGGCGGGGGCCGGGGACGCUCAGCGCUCCGGGGGCGCUGGGUGGGCGGGCGGGCGGAGGCGGCCUCGCUGCAUUCUGCUCAAUCGCCCCCUCUCGACUCUGCCCACGAUUUCUUUGCGGAGAAACGUGGGGAAGUCGAAUGGAAGUGCUGAGGUGUUGAGAAGUGAAAAUGGAAGAAGGGAGAGGACCAAAGCCUUGGGGUGCAGCCCUGCCCCACUCCCAGAUGUUCCUUUAGGCCGCUUGCCCCGUGCGUCCAUCAACCCACCCCACCUUUCCCCAUCUGGGCUCCAGGUCCAGGACGUCCUGCCGAGAUCAGUGGGGCAAAAGGGUAAUUAUUACAUCAUCCUUGACAGGAAGACUGAGGGAUGGUUCCCUUUGAUCAAUUCCAAGACACAGACCGACAAGGCCUGGGGAAGUAGGGUGGAGAAAGGAGCAGAAUGCCUCCGCCUGGAUAGGAAAGCAAAUCACGUGUGUCCCUCGCUCAUCUCCAGCCAAGGCUAUAGUGUGAGUAGAAAGCUCUGGAAACACAGUGGCUCUCUUAUAGAUCACAGCAGCUGUUUUAUCAAGUAUGCUGUGAUGUUGGCCCUACCUGCAAAAUAUGAUAAAAUGAAAUCACCAAUGGCUCUUCCAAGAAAAGCAGAAAAUCAACAAAGCACUAUCAACUGAAGUUCUUUUAUUCCCUAGGUAGUGUUCAAUUUAUUCUGCAUUUUGAAAUUUUAUCUUGAUAUUACUUGCCACCUACAUACCUCAAAGAGGUAUUGUAAGGAUUAAAAUAAUGUCUUAAAGUGCUUUGAAACAGG